UGGGAGGCGUCUCUGAGGUGGAAUAUGUAAAAAGUCUAAACAACAAGUCCUCAAAGCUCGAGGACAGACGGGAGCUAGUAUAAAUGUGCUGCUGUUCGCGCGGGGGUAAUAGGGGCCAAAAAACACCCUCCCCCUCUCUGGAUGUAAGCGCGCCACUGGCCAUGGCCACUCUGGAGGGCUGUCAUUGUCAGGGCGCCGGGGGGCAAAACAAUAACAACAGCAUCCUGUACAACAUACUGAAGAACGACAGCCUCACGACCACCGAGGAACCAACAUCACAGCCACAACACAGACAGCAGCACCAAGUGCUCAAGGUCUCCUCCUGCUCCUCUUCUUCGAGGUUCGAGCUUAGGCAGCAACAGGCUUGCUCUUGCGGUUCCUCGCUGCGACGGGGGUCUCUCCGGUCCCCCCAGGUGACCUGCAAAGCCGCAUCCGCGGUCCUCAUGAAGACUCUGCGAUUUGUAAAGAACGUGCCGUGUUUCCGCGAGCUUCCCGAGGAUGACCAGCUGCUGCUCGUUCGGAACGGCUGGGUGCCGCUGCUUGUGCUGGGCCUCGCGCAGGACCGGGUGGACUUCGAGACCACGGAGACCGCGGAACCUAGCAUGUUGCAGCGGAUCCUGACCGGUGGCUGUGUCAGCCAAGGCAGCUUCAUGGACAGACAGGUUGAGCCGGAGCAGAGCGCGGGAACACCCGGGGUCUCUCUCGCGGAUAUCCAGGGCAUCAAAGCGUUCCUGAAAAAGUGUUGGGGUUUAGACAUCAGUACCAAGGAAUAUGCCUACCUCAAAGGAGCCGUGCUCUUCAACUCAGAUCUUCCUGGUCUGUGCUACCUCAACUACAUCCAGUCACUGCGGAGCGAGGCUCACCAGGCUCUCAACGAGUAUGUGAAGCUGAUCCACCGGGACGACGCCACGCGCUUUGCCAAGCUGCUCAUCGCCCUGGCCAUGCUGAGGGCCAUCAGCCCCCCGGUGGUGGCACAGCUCUUCUUCAAGCCCAUCAUUGGAGCCGUCAAUAUGGAGGAGGUCCUGCUGGAGAUGUUCUAUGGGAAGUAGAGGCUUUCUAUGGUCCUGUCCAGAAACAACCCCUAGAUAUAGCCCCCAAGUCCUUCUCUUAGUCCUUAGUCCAAUUUCAUUUAUUCCCUACACACUAGAAAUGUGACCUUGCCCUAGACUCUCCACCCCCAUUUCCCCACUUCCGCUAGCCCCUAGCUCCUAUUGGAUAGUAAUAAGCAAAAAAAACAUGCCCAAUACAGAAACAAUAUGAUAGCUCCACCUUGCCCUCCAGUUGGCUAUAAAGGAACAAUAUGAUAGCUCCAUCUUACCCUCCGGUUGGCUAUACAGGAACAAUAUGAUAGCUCCACCUUGCCCUCCAGUUGGCUGUACAGGAACAAUAUGAUAGCUCCAUCUUGCCCUCCGGUUGGCUGUACAGGAACAAUAUGAUAGCUCCAUCUUGCCCUCCGGUUGGCUGUACAGGAACAAUAUGAUAGCUCCAUCUUGCCCUCCGGUUGGCUGUACAGGAACAAUAUGAUAGCUCCACCUUGCCCUCCGGUUGGCUGUACAGGAACAAUAUGAUAGCUCCAUCUUGCCCUCCGGUUGGCUAUACAGGAACAAGAUGAUAGCUCCAUCUUGCCCUCCGGUUGGCUGUACAGGAACAAUAUGAUAGCUCCAUCUUGCCCUCCGGUUGGCUGUACAGGAACAAUAUGAUAGCUCCAUCUUGCCCUCCGGUUGGCUGUACAGGAACAAUAUGAUAGCUCCAUCUUGCCCUCCGGUUGGCUGUACAGGAACAAUAUGAUAGCUCCAUCUUGCCCUCCGGUUGGCUGUACAGGAACAAUAUGAUAGCUCCAUCUUGCCCUUCGGUUGGCUGUACAGGAACAAUAUGAUAGCUCCAUCUUGCCCUUCGGUUGGCUGUACAGGAACAAUAUGAUAGCUCCAUCUUGCCCUUCGGUUGGCUAUAAAUGUUUUUUUUGCUAUAUUACAUCUAUCAAAUCCUCUCAGAUCAAUAUCUGUGGGGUUUAUUCUGGACUGGCCCUUUCCAUCGAACGGACAGAAGAACACAUCUGUAGUUCUAGUAGAACUAACUAACUGUUAACCAACCGUUUGAUCUGAAUGGACCAUUGAACCGAAGGACAGACAAUGGAAGAGAUGUGUGUGUUUUGUUAAAGAUGUUUUGGACACUGGUUGAUUAAGAACAGUGGGGGUAAAGGGGUGUUGGGGGCAGGCUGAUGAUCAGCCUGUAACUUUCUUUUUAUAUAAAACUAUUUUUCUAUCAUAAAAGUAUUCUCUGAAUUGCUUUGCGUGCUUGUGUCAGGUGAGUGGUGCUCAAACUGUCUCUAUGGUGAUCAGAAAGGCGUAGGAUGAUGUUGCCCCUGGACACUGAUCUAAGGUCAGAGUGGAGUUUUACCCCCUAACGAUUAAGGUUAAGGGUAAAAUGUUCCUAGAUCUGUGCCUAAGGGCAACAUCUACCCAGACAGAUCAGAAAACCCAAUGUUCCUUUUCAGUAACUAUGGUGGAUUAUGUGUUCUGAAUAAAGUUUGAUGUCUGUUCACAGUUCGCUGCUCCCACAUGCGAUCUUUAAUUCAACACGGGUCUGAAUUGGGAGCAGCAAACAUGGAGCGGACAUGACCUUUUUUCCACA